AGAGUGGGGAGAUGAUGAGAACAAUAAGAAUAGUCGGCCAUGGCUUUGCAGCUUCCAUGUUGAUUGGUGGUGUGAUGUUGUUGUUUGUUGGAUUUAAAGUAUGUGAAGCAAAAAAAUCAUCUGAAUUGGUGACUUAUGUAUUUGGAGAUUCAUUAACUGAGGUUGGAAACAACAAUUAUUUGAAUUCACUAGCAAGGUCUGAUUAUCCAUGGUAUGGGGUUGAUUAUAAUGGUGGUCAACCAACUGGAAGAUUCACUAAUGGAAGAACCAUUGGAGAUAUUAUAUCCGAAAAACUUGGAAUUGAGGCACCACCUCCAUAUCUAUCACUUUCUAAAGAUGACGAUAAACUCAUUCAUGGCGUCAAUUAUGCUUCUGGCGGAGCAGGAAUUCUCAACGACACCGGACUCUAUUUUAUUCAAAGAUUGACGUUUGACGAUCAGAUAGAGAGUUUCAACCAAACAAAGAAGGGAAUAGCAAGGAAAAUCGGGGAAGAGGCUGCUCUUAAACAUUGCAAUGAAGCCAUAUAUUUCAUUGGAAUUGGUAGCAACGAUUAUGUGAACAAUUUCUUACAACCAUUUCUGGCGGAUGGGCAGCAAUAUACCCAUGAGGAAUUCUUAGACCUCUUGCUCUCUACAUUCCAACAACAACUUACGAGGCUUUACGAAUUGGGUGCAAGAAAAAUGGUGGUACAUGGGCUAGGGCCACUGGGAUGCAUUCCUUCACAAAGAGUGAAAUCAAGAAAAGGGCAAUGCCUAAAGAGAGUUAACCAAUGGGUUCAAGAUUUCAACUCCAAAGUCAAAACACUCACAACAACUCUCAACAAAAGCCUUCCAAAUUCACAUCUUCUCUUUGCAGAUACCUAUCCUCUUGUUCUUGACCUCAUCACCAACCCUUCCGCUUACGGUUUGAAAGUAUCAAAUACAUCUUGUUGCAAUGUGGACACAAGCAUCGGAGGACUUUGUUUGCCAAACUCAAAAAUAUGCAAAAAUAGAAGUGAGUAUGUGUUUUGGGAUGCCUUUCAUCCUUCUGAUGCUGCCAAUUCUGUUUUGGCUCAUCAACUCUUUUCAACUUUAUUCUCUUCUUCUUCUUCUUCUUCUUCUUCUCCUUCUCCUACACCCUCUCCUUUCCCUUCCCCUUAAUAUUUUAAUUUAUAAAAUAAUCUUCAACCCCCUAGCUUUCAUAUAUUCAUAUAUAUAUAUAUAUAUAUAUAUAUAUAUAUAUUCCUCAAUAUGCAUGUAAUGAAUGGAACACAAUGUUGAUAUAAAUCUUGAAUAUCAUCUAUUCGGCAGUUAGGACC